ACCUCCGUUAAAAGACGAGUGGAACUAGGUUCCAACGUGGCUGAAUAUACCUCACAGUUUCAAACGUGAGACACCACACUCCAUUAUGCAGUUGGGAGGACCGAGCAAAGGAAAUGGAGUUCAGGCUUUGGGUGGCAGUGUCGCUGUGGGAGCCACUUCGUAACCUUCACUGAGCUUCAAAGAAGAAGAAGAGUUGUUUCGGUUGGAUAACAUAGCAUCAUGCUAGCUCCAGACUGAGGUUUGGGUAAAAACAAAUGUGUCUAAAACCGGAUCUUCGUGGAAGACUUACUCCAUGGCUCUGUUUUUGUUAAGUUAAUAUCCACAUUCACCGGUAAUAGACGCCAUGUCAGCUCUUUUGUUGCCGAACAGUGCUGGAAUCUGUAGAAAAUACAGCAGGUGUGUGUUAUGGACCCUCUCAAGGCGAAACUGUCAUGUUUUAACAAACAAAGUGAUAUCCGGUGAAUGUGCUGGGAAUGCGCUGUCCAGGUGUGCUAAUGUCAGGAAGACACUUCAUCUUUUAAGAUCGGAGCGGACACUAACAGGUCAGCCACAGAAGAAACUCAUCCAGAGUCUUCUCCACAAACCUUUGGGUCCUGGCAUGGUUGGACUCAGCAAAGAGUUAAUUAGAAGCAACCUGCUGAGGAACCCUGUUGGUUUAGUUAAUUUAUUAGGGGCAAUUAACUUUUUCAGUGCGUCUCGAGCUAAAAAACAGAAAAAUAACAGUUCUGGGCCAAAAGGAAAAAAUCCCGAAGAAGAUGAAGAGGAGAAGAAACGGCGCGAGCAGGAGGAUCAGAUGUACCGCGAGCGCCUGCGGACGCUGUUCAUUAUAGCACUCAUUAUGAGCCUGCUGAACUCCAUCAAUACCAGCGGCGGCAACAUCUCCUGGAAUGACUUUGUCAACGAGAUGCUGGCCAAGGGAGAGGUGUCCCGUGUGCAGGUGGUCCCUGAGAGUGACAUUGUAGAAAUCUACCUUCAUCCCGGGGCUGUCAUCUUUGGAAGGCCUAGGCUGGCACUCAUGUACAGAAUGCAGGUUGCAAACAUUGACAAAUUUGAGGAAAAGCUGCGAGCAGCAGAGGAGGAACUAAACGUCGACACUAAGGACAGGAUACCAGUGUCGUACAAACGCACUGGAUUCUUUGGAAAUGCAGUCUAUGCUCUGGGAAUGGCGGCUAUAGGUGUGGCUAUUCUCUGGUAUAUCUUCCGACUUGCAGGCAUGGGCGGCAGAGAAGGGGGCUUCAGUGCUUUUAAUCAGCUGAAGAUGGCCAAGUUCACCAUUGUUGAUGGUAAAUCCGGUAAAGGUGUGAGUUUUAAAGAUGUAGCCGGCAUGCACGAGGCUAAGAUGGAGGUAAAGGAAUUUGUUGACUACCUCAAGAGUCCAGAACGAUACCUGCAGCUGGGAGCCAAGGUUCCUAAAGGAGCAUUGCUACUCGGGCCCCCAGGAUGUGGGAAGACCCUGCUGGCCAAGGCUGUAGCAACAGAGGCUCAGGUGCCAUUUCUGGCUAUGGCUGGCUCUGAGUUUGUGGAGGUCAUUGGAGGUCUUGGUGCUGCCAGGGUCAGGAGUCUGUUUAAAGAGGCCCGUGCUCGAGCACCUUGCAUCGUCUACAUCGAUGAGAUCGAUGCUGUGGGAAAGAAGCGCUCCACCAAUAUGUCAGGUUUCUCCAACACUGAGGAGGAGCAGACUCUCAACCAGCUCCUGGUGGAGAUGGAUGGAAUGGGAACAACAGACCACGUCAUUGUCCUUGCCUCCACUAACAGAGCAGACAUAUUGGAUAAUGCUCUUAUGAGGCCAGGCAGGCUUGACAGACACAUCUUCAUAGAUCUUCCCACUCUGCAGGAGAGGAAGGAGAUCUUUGAGCAACAUCUGAAGAUCUUGAAGCUGACUCAACCAGCUCAUUUCUAUUCUCUGCGUCUGGCUGAGCUCACCCCUGGGUUCAGCGGCGCAGACAUUGCAAACAUUUGUAACGAAGCUGCACUGCACGCCGCCAGAGAGGGUUUCAAGUCCAUUGAUACUUUCAACUUUGAGUACGCUGUGGAAAGAGUGAUAGCGGGGAGCGUGAAGAAAAGCAAAAUCCUGUCUAAAGAAGAGCAGAGGGUGGUUGCCUUCCACGAGUCGGGACACGCCUUGGUAGGAUGGCUGCUCGAGCACACAGAGGCAGUGAUGAAGGUCUCCAUUGCUCCACGGACGAAUGCAGCCCUGGGUUUUGCUCAGAUCUUACCCCGCGACCAGUACCUGUUCACCAAGGAGCAGCUGUUUCAGCGCAUGUGUAUGGCUCUGGGAGGAAGAGCGUCAGAGGCCAUCACUUUUAACAAGGUCACCACAGGAGCUCAGGAUGACUUGCGGAAGGUGACACGUGUGGCUUACUCUAUGGUAAAGCAGUACGGCAUGUGCGACAGCGUGGGACAGGUCUCGUUCCCUGAGACGGAGGAGCAAGGUGCCAUUGGCCGGCGUCCUUUCAGCCAAGGCCUGCAGCAACAGAUGGAUCAUGAGGCUAAGAUGUUAAUAGCUCGUGCAUACAGACACACAGAGAAGCUGCUACUGGACAACAGGGACAAGCUGAUUCUGUUGGCCAAUGCUCUGUUGGAGCGUGAGGUGGUGAACUACGACGACAUCGAAGCCUUGCUGGGCCCGUCGCCGUUUGGGCCGAAGAAAAUCAUCCUCCCACAGAGCUGGGUGGAGGCAGAGAGGGACAAGCAAGACGUAGAAGAGGAUGAACCACCGCCACCUUCCAGUAAACGCAGAGACGAGGACGUCGAUCAACAAUUAGUCUGAUGUUUGCACUGUGUCUAAAAGCUCAUUAUAAGCUGCUGCUUUUUGUUGCUCCAUCAGGAGCUGAUGGGAAGUUAAUAAAAGCAGGGAAUCCUCA